UCCAGUAAAGGACGUACAUCCAGUUCUAAUACUGGACCUAGUUUUGACCAUACAACAAUGAGUUCAAAUGGAUAUUAUAUUUACAUUGAAACAUCGCAGCAUAGAGCUAAUGAUUCUGCACGUAUUAUAAGUCCUAUUCUGUCCACACAGACAGCUACAUGUGUUUUAUUCUGGUAUCAUAUGUAUGGCUCGGACGUCAGUGUUCUCACGAUGUACCUGAAGUCUGGUUCUAACCUUGGUAGUCCAUAUUGGAACAAAGUUGGCACGCAGGGUAACACCUGGCAUUCAGCUCAAGUUGAACUUGGUCCACUUACCAAUAAACAGAUUGUAUUUGAAGCUCUUAAAGGCAAUGGUUACCAAGGUGAUAUAGCACUUGAUGAUAUCACAAUUACAAAUGGAGCAUGCCCACCACCUGCUGUGUGUGAUUUUGAGGACAAGUCUAUCUGUGGCUAUCAACAAUUGGUUAAUGAUGACUUUGACUGGACAUGGAAUUCUGGUGCUACAGGAAGCUCUGGGACCGGACCAAUGUCAGAUCACUCUUAUGGUACCACUGACGGUCACUACAUGUACACUGAAACAUCAUCCCCACGGAAACAAGGAGACAAAGCUAGACUUGCUAGUAAGACAUACCCGGCCACUAACAACAUGUGUCUGACAUUCUGGUAUCACAUGUAUGGUAGUAACAUUGGAACUCUAAACGUCUACACCAGCUCAUUUGGUCAUCUUGGUUCAACAGUAUGGUCACAGUAUGGUAACCAAGGCAACCAGUGGCGUAAAGCACAGAAAACUUUACAAACUGCUACACAGUACCAGGUAUAAAAAGAAAUAUAUAAUAUACA